AUGGCGACAAACCGACGAUGGGGAGACAAUGGCCGGGCUGCAUUCGAGAAAAGGGAAAAGAGGAGGAAGAUAAGAGCUCUGCAGGAUGCAAUUGCAAAACAUGAUGUAGAAGCUGUAAAAGAAAUUCUAAGUGAUGACUUUGACGUAGAUUUUCAGUACAGAGGACAAACAGCACUGCAGCUGGCUGUCAGAGAAGGCUGUUGUGAUGUCUGUAAGCUGCUCAUACAGAAAGGUGCAGAUGUGAACAAGUGUGAUGCAGAGCUGAAUAACCUGCUCAAUAUGGCCUGCUGGAGAGGCUACAGUAACAUCGCCCAGCUGCUCAUUAACAAUAAUGCCGAUCUCAAUGCACGCAAUGACUUCGGUGCCACAUCUCUGAACACAAGUGUUUAUAAAGGCUAUGAAGACAUAUGUCAAAUGCUUGUGGAUGCAAACUGUGAUCCUGAUAUCCCAAACACCAGGGGUUACUCCCCUUUGCACACAGCAGCUCGCCAGAACAGGACUGACAUUGUUAAGUUGUUAAUCAAAGCUGGGUGCGAUGUAAACUACCUGAAUGAAGACAGCAGGUCACCUCUUUGUACAGCAGCAGAGCUGGGACAUGUUGAUGUGGUAUCUGCAUUAUUAGCUGCAGGGGCUGAUUGUAACCUACAGGACAAGUAUGGUGUAUUUCCUCUGUACCAGGCCGCAGCAAGGAGCUCAACAGAGAUUGUUAGAUGUCUCCUGCAGACUGGUAAAGUUGAUGUGAACCUAUGCACAGGGAAAGGUGUGACAGCAUUACUAGAAUCCAUCAGACAGAACAGUACGGGGGUAGCAAGCCUCUUAUUGGAAGCUAGAUGUGACCCCAACAUAUGUGACAGGACAAAACAGUCUCCCAUUCAUGCAGCUGUCCGACAAGUGUCUCAGUAUUUUGGGUCAGAGACGUACAAUGCCACAGAGUUGGUGAAGAAGCUAAUAGCCGCUGGCUGUGAUGUCAAUGUGGUGGACUCACAGGGCUGGUGUCCCAUUUUCCAGAGCGCAUUUGCUGGAGACAUUGAACUGACAAAGUUGCUGGUAGAGACCGGUGCCAAGCUGACUGUCCUCACGGCCACGCAGGAUUCUGUCCUCCACGCGGCCGUGUCUGCCAAUCAGCCUGACAUUGUUGAUCUGCUCAUUACAGCUGGCUGUAGCGUUAACACUGUGAACCUGCAUGGUGAACAUCCUCUCUAUACGGCAGUCAAAACACGGGCGCAUAUCCAGAUAAUUGAUUCUCUAAUCAAGGCUGGCAGUGACUUAAAUUUACAAGAGAAUCAGCAUCAGAAUUCCCCUCUCCACGAGGCCUUAGUUCAGCACCACACAGAGGCAGCUCUCAUGCUGCUGGAAGCUGGUUGUGAUGUCAAAGUGAGAAACUCCAAACACCAGGACCCUAUGUACACAGCGUGUGAGAAGGGAAAUGAUGCUGUGGUCAGCUGGUAUAUAGCUUCACCCAGAUGUUCCCUCAAGGCAGACAACUCUUACCCAGUAGCUCUACAUGCUGCAGUCAGCUGUGGACAAGCCAGGAUAGCAAUAAUGUUGAUUGAGGCUGGCUGUGACAUCAAUCAGUUUAAUGAGCAUGGCCUUACACCAAUCCAGACUGCUGCCAAGGAAGAUAACUUCUACAUGGCUAAACUGUUGUUACAGUAUGGCUGUAACCUUGGGGCUAACAGAGAAGUGGCAGGCCUCUUACCUUGCUGUUUUAGCUGUGAUGACCCCCACCCUCACUUUGAGCUAGAACCAUUGUUCUUUGCGAUGAAGCAUCGAAACAUUGAUAUGUUAAAGCUAUUCCUUAAUUGCUACUUCUUCCUACCUUACGAUUUGGUGCGAAUCAUUGGCACCAUUCUUCAGUCAACCCCAGAGCUUUAUUCGCACUACCCACUUUCUAUGAGGAGAGAAAUCCUGACACUGUUUGCCAGGGCUAUUCGAGAGCCAAAGAAACUGCAGCAACUCUGCAGAGCUGUUAUCUUACAUUCUAUUGGUUCAUGCCCUAAGAAGAAGGUUCCCGUGUUACCAGUAGCUGCCAAAGUUAAAGAUUUCAUUCUCCAGAAGGAUAUUUUUGAUCCUUUGAAUGAGGAGGAAAGCAAAGAUUCAACAUCGUUUCAGUAGAAUUUCUCACACUCAAGGUAGUUUGGAAUUCCUGCGUUACAGUUCAUGCCAAAGUAUUUUGUGAUGUUCAUUUUUGUUUCGAAGUCAUAUAGUUUUUACAAUUUACAGUAUUUGAUGUUGAGUAGAUGUAGUUUUGUUAAGUGUUUAGUAGAUGUAUAUAAUAGAUGCCAAACUGGAUGAAGUUGCGUUUGUAAGUUUGUAAACAAAAAUAUAUACAGAAAAUAAUCCUUUUGUACAUGUAAGUGACUCUUUCAGUGUAGCUGACUCUUUACAUCAGUCUGUUAACUGAUUGAGUAAAGGGCUUUAUGUACAGAUAGGUGACAAUUUGAACAUUUCAUUCAGGUCAGAAGUUAAUAUUUUUCAAAAUAUAUAUAACACUGGGAUGAUUUAUUACAAGAACAGAACAAAGUUUGCAGUAGUGGUUGAGGGGUUGGAUCAUUUGCCUGGUAAGCUAGAAACCCUGGUUCAAUCCUGAAUCCGGUCGUAUGUAUGACUUUAAAAUGGCCAAUCUGUGAGUAUAGUUUAAAGAGAUUGGGCACCAUGUCUAGUGUCUUGUGGGUAGCAGCAG